AUGGUUCAGUCACGCGGCAUCUUCUACCCGAAAAUGAUUAUAUCAAUCGUUUAUUUAUGCAUGCAGGUGGCACUCGUUCUUCUUGUUACCACGCAACCCGGAGAUGCAGCCCCAACCCUCGUCGCCGCCGUAGUGUGUCCAAUGUUGGCCGCCUUGUGCAUGACAGCUCUAUCCUAUCUCGAGCAUCAAAGAUCGCCGCGGCCAUCGCUGCUACUUGCCGGAUAUCUUUUGCUGACCACUCUCCUCGAUAUUGCUCGCUGUCGCACCUUUUGGUUGGCCUCGACAGACAGCAGCGACAAGGCCGUCGCAGCAGUCUUUACCGCCGCGACCGCCACAAAGGCCGUAUACAUGGCUCUAGAAUCCAUGCACAAGAGGAAAUGGAUUCAAUGGCGCGACAACCAACCGCACAGCCCUGAAGAGACCUCGGGUCUCAUUGGCCUGGGCGCCUACACCUGGGUCAAUUCACUGUUCCUUCAAGGCUACCGAAAGGUCCUGCAUUUGCAAGACCUGUUCCCACUUGACACUGCCAUGAGAAGCUCAAAACUAUACCAUACUUUUUCGCAGUUCCUGGAAUAUGACUUGCUUAGAAGAGACAAAAACGGGCUCGUGAGAGCGCUGGCCCGCACGUUAGCCGUCUCUUUACUGCUCGCCAUUCCGCCACGUUUAUCCGUGGUCGGCUUCACCUUUUGCCAGCCAUUUUUCAUCAAUAGACUGCUCGAAUUUCUCUCUCAAAGUCCCAGCGAAGACUCGCGAAAUACUGGAUACGGGUUGAUUGGCGCAAGCAUAUUGAUCUACGGUGGCAUAGCCCUCUCCAUGUCGACAUACCUAUAUCUACGCACACGAUCGCUUCAAAUGGUGCGCGGAUGUUUGGUUUCUGCCAUUUGCGUCAAAUCCACCGAAAUCCAACAAAGUGGCGAUGAGCCUGAAACCCUGACCCUCAUGAGCGCAGACCUAGAGCGUAUUCGCUUUGGUUUGAGAUCCAUGCACAAUUUAUGGGCAAGUCCCAUUGAGAUUGGUCUUGCAAGCUGGCUGCUUUAUAGGCAGUUGGGUCUCGCCUUUUUGGCCCCCGUUCUUGUCGUGGCCUGCUGCACCGGUGCCAUUGCCUUGACAGUCAAACAGAUUGAAAGUGCGCAGAAGAACUGGAUGGAUUCGGUCCAGAAAAGAACAGGCCUGACGUCCUCUCUUGUUGCGCGAAUGAAAGCUUUGAAGAUGUCAAACCUGACCACACCAAUCAUCAACUCCAUUCAGAAUCUCCGCGUUGAAGAGCUCUCUGCUGGAAGCCGCUUCCGAGGGUUGCUCGUCCUCACGGCAGUGAUUGGCUUUGUGCCAUUGCUGAUGUCGCCUGUCUUCACUUUUGCCGUCACCCAAAGGUCUCUCAACUCGACCAAGAUAUUUACUUCUCUCUCGUACAUGGUACUACUGGCCAACCCUCUCUCUGCGCUAUUUCAAGACAUUCCCCAGUUCUUUUCAGCUCUCGCUUGCAUUAGCAGGAUUCAAAAGUUUCUAGAAUCAGACGCAAGACAAGAUUUUCGGUCUUCCAAUGGCGGCUCCGAGAUAAAGGAGAACAUUGACGCUCUCGCCAGCCAGGGCAUCACCGUACACAAUGGUAGUUUUGGUUGGGAAGCAGGCAACAUGGUCCUUAAGAACAUCAAUAUGCAAAUCCGACCGGGCAAAAUUACUUUAGUCUGCGGUCCCACCGCGUCUGGAAAGUCAACAUUGUGCAGCGCGUUGCUCGGCGAGGUUCCAUUCCACACGGGUGAUAUCAUCAUGGACAACAAGAGGGCCCCUAUAGCAUUCUGCAGCCAAGAUCCAGUUCUCUUCAAUGGCACCAUCAAGUACAAUGUACUUGGUGGACACUGCCCUAACGAAGAAAGAUACAGCGAUGUUUUACGAGCGACUUUGUUGCAAUCAGACCUCCAGUCCGAAUCGCUUCCCCUCGGCGAUCAAACGAACAUCGGAAGCAACGCCAUCGCUCUGUCAGGUGGGCAGAAACAGCGUCUCGCCCUAGCGAGAGCUUUGUUCGCAAAUACAAAAUUGAUGUUACUUGAUGACGUCUUUAGUGGCCUUGACAACAAAACGGCAAAGCAGCUGUUCGAAAAUGUCUUUGGAAGUGGAGGGUUGCUGCGACAACGUCAAUGCACCGUCGUCCUAUGCUCCAACAACCCCAGCCACUUUUCAUAUGUCGAUUCUAUUCUAGCGUUGGGGCCGGACGGUAGUGUUAUUGAACAGGGAUCCCUCGAUGAGCUCAUGCAGCUUGAAAAUGGGUAUAUCAAGACACGCUGCAAAGAUAUUCCGGAUUGUGAUGUGACAGAGCAGGACGUGAUCACCAACACUACCAAUGAUGAGGUCAAGGCGCCAUUGCAAGACGAUGCCAUUGACAGCGAGCCAAAAGGAUCCGAUCUCGAUUCACAGCGAAGAAAGGGAAGCCAGGGCACAUACAAGCAUUACUUUAAGUCUGUUGGCUACAUGCUUUCCCUCUCGAUCUUUGUUUGGGGCGCAGCAAUCGGCUUCUCCCAAAACUUUCCGACUGUUUGGCUAACUUACUGGGGCAAUGACUUGUCUUUAUCAGCUCCUCAGCAUUCCUCGAGUUACUAUAUUGGUAUUUACGCGCUUCUCAACGUAGGCUGCAUUAUCUGCUUGGCUGCACUCGGUAUCACGGUAUUCUAUGCUGCAGUUUCCACAGCUGGGGCCAAGUUGCAUGGCGAUGCGCUGAGCAUACUUCAGCGUGCUCACAUGUCGUUCUUUUCUGAGACGGACCAAGGGAAGAUUGUCAAUCUCUUUAGCCAGGACAUGAACUUGAUUGACACGGAGCUCCCCGCUGCGCUUCUCAACGGCGUCUUGGCAGUGUCCAUGGCUAUUGGUCAAGCUGCUGUCCUCAGCACCACGUCGGCGUAUUUGGCCAUCAGUUAUCCCUUUCUCAUUGGGUUUCUCUGGAUUAUUCAACAUUUUUACCUGCGGACUUCUCGUCAGCUACGGCUGUUAGACCUGGAAGCCAAGAGCCCCAUGUAUGCGCAUUUUACGGAUAUUUCGAAAGGAAUUGUGACGAUUCGCGCAUUUGGGCUGGUCGAUCAACAUAUUGAAACGGGGUUUCGACUUUUAGACGACUCCCAGCGACCGGCCUACCUUCUUGGCAUUAUUCAGAACUGGCUCAUUAUGGUACUCGAUCUUGUUACUAUGGUCAUUGCUGCUCUGUUGAGCUCGCUUGCAGUCACGCUCCGAUCCAAUACGGGCUUCACAGGCGCUUCGCUCGUGACCCUGAUGUCGUUUGGUGAUCAAUUGACGCAAAUCGUAGUUUUCUUGACAUUACUCGAAACCAGUCUUGGUGCAAUCACAAGGCUACAAGAAUUUGGUAACAAUGUGACAUUGGAGGAAAAAGCCACCGAAGUCGUGAAGCCCGGAGAAAACUGGCCACAGCAUGCGAGCCUGGAACUUACCAACGUAUCUGCAAGUUACAGUACGUCAACUGAAGGUAAACCGGCUGCACUUGCGCUGCGAGAUGUAAAUUUGAUGAUUCGCGAUGGCGAAAAAGUCGCGCUCCUGGAUCCAAUGCCCACUGGAGGGGGCUCAGUCCAUGUCGAUGGUCUGUCAUUUGACCAGAUAGACCGUUCGACUCUACGUGCUCGAUUCAUUGCAGUCCCACAGGACGCUGUUUUCCUGGCCGACGGUACAACAUUCCACGAAAACCUAGAUCCGUACGCCGAAGCCGAUGCUCAUGAUUGUCAAGCCGCUCUUGAAGCCGUCACCCUUUGGCAAUACGUCCAUGACCGCGGUGGACUGGCAGCACCCAUGAACCCUAGUUCGCUGAGUGCGGGACAGAAGCAGCUUCUUGCUUUGGCAAGAGCUAUUGUGCGUCACAGGUUACGUGUCAAGCAGCAGCUAGGUACCACCAACCGAGAGAACGUGACCGACGAACCCGGUGGGAUAUUGUUGCUGGACGAGGUGAGUGCCAACAUUGACCAGGAAACGGAGCUUGUGAUGCAACAAGUCAUCAGAAACCAAUUUGCAAAAUACACCGUCAUAGCGAUAGCGCACAGACUCAACAUGAUUAUUGACUAUGACCGAGUUGUCGUUAUGGAUCAGGGACGCAUAGUGGAAAUGGGAAGUCCGAGAUUACUUUCCCAGCAACAGGGGUCACAUUUCCAUGCUUUGUGGCAUGCUGGAACGGGCUAG